GUGAGCGGCCACCCACUUGUCUUGCCUGGCCGUAGUACCUAUCUAACUAAUUUACUUGAAAGUUGUGGCUAUGGACAGUUAUUGUACUGACUUCUGCCAUACAUGUUGAUUUCUUACUGCGCAACAAUUCAGUAAUUUUGUGAUAUUUGGAGAUCUGCCUAAUUCCCAAUGAUAAUUGUUCCGACGAUUAUUAGUGACGCUUUUAAAAUGGCUGAUGCAGAAAACAACAUAGAUGAUUUAGAAGAUGGCGAGAUCGAGAGUGAUGGAGAGGAUCCAGUGGAAACGCAGAAUGUGGAAAAAGAGGAAGAUACAGUACUUCCAGAAAAAAAUACUCAAGAAAAUAAUGAAUCACAAGAUUAUUAUUUUUCUAAAUCAGGUAAGAAAAAGAAAUCUAAAAAUAAAGGAGAUCAAAAAUAUAAGGAUAGAAGUAAAAAAAGUCGUAAAUAUUCCAGUCCAACGGAGGACGAUUUCGCAGGUACCAUAGAAAAGGCUAUUAGAAAAGCAAUGAACAAAAAUGAUGAUGCUGAUAGUCAUGCGGAAGAUAAUGGUGAAGAUAGGCGUAAACAUAAAAAAAGAAAGAAAUAUGACAGUAAAGACGGCCCUAGUAAGAAACGAAAAAAACAAGAAUAUACAGAUGAAAUGGACGAGAACGAAAUGAUGUGUGUGAGAGGUGCGUCUCCUGUGCAAAAAUCAAUAGAUUCAUCAUUUGCAGAAGAUGAUAGAGAUUCCUAUGCUUCAGAUAGUAGUCAUGAAUCUCGUGGACAACAACAUCAUCGUACACAACGACAUAGGCCACCACAACGAGAGCGAAAUAGAAUGAGUAAAAAUGAACGAAGAAGAGCCGCACAUCAAGGGCAUGAUUCAGAUGGACUUUGUUUGUAUUAUAUGCAAGGCAAAUGUCAUAAGGGUGAUGAUUGUAUAUAUUCACAUGAUGCCCAACUACCUAGAAAAAUGGAAUUGUGUAAAUUUUAUAUGAUGGAUUGUUGCGCAAAAAGGGAUAAAUGUUUAUAUAUGCAUGCAGACUUUCCUUGUAAAUAUUACCACACUGGGCUUCCUUGCAUAUAUAAAGAUGAGUGUAAGUUUGCACAUGGUAAGCCACUGUCAGAAAGUUUAAAGAAUAUUCUCUUAAAGCAUAUUGAAUCAGCACCCAAAGAAAUUUUAGGAGAUUUUCCCAGAUUACAUAGAGAGGGUGCAUUACAAAUGAUUCAAACGACACAAAUGAAAUUACUGCAACAGUUUUCUGAACAUUCGGAGGAAGAAAAAAGUAUACCUUCACUUUUUGAAUUAAAUAUUUCUAACCCACAAAAUCUUAAUGAAAAUAUACAAUCUAAUCAGUUUAAUAAUGAUAAUAGGCAAAAUAAAAAUUCACCUAAAGUGCGACAAUCUAGGUGGCAAAAUGAUAACUCCAAUCAAAAUUUUAAUGUCACUAUGUCGCCUAAUGCUAACUCAGGUAAUACAAAUAUAUUAAGUAUUAAAAAUUUGACUGGGGUAUUGACACCUCGGCAAAUUUUGGACCUAACUAAAAUGGGAAUUGAAAAUCUAGAUCAAUUAGGGCAACUGACUGUAUUGCAACUAAACAGUAUCGGCAUUUCAUUGAAGCAGAUUACAGAAAUACAAUUGAACACAAUGAAUAUACAAAAAUUAGGAUUAAUAAAUGCUAAUAAUGAGUCGCCGCCUCAGUCAUUUGUAGGUAGUACGUCGGGUACUAAAGAUUUAGAUUUGAGAAUUCCACCUGCAGCACCAGUUUCAAGUAACCUGGUAGUAUCAUCUGAUUUACCUGGAAAGGAUGUAGAUAUGAGGUUUCAGCAGACUGGUACGGCGUCAGUGCCGGAAGACGUUUCUAACAGUAAUACUGCAUUAAAGAAAGAACAGCAAACAAAUAAAGAUAUGAUUGAUAUCGAUCAGUACACAAAAGAUGCCUUAAAAUUUGCAUCGAAAGAUAAAGAAAAUAUUGACGUAUCAAAUGAGUCGUUCGAAAAUGAGAAACCUGUAAUUUCUGUGGAAACGAAGGAUGUUGAUCAUAGGGUUCUUCCUUUUCCAGAUGAUAACUUAAGGGUUUUGAAGACAAACACUGAAGAUAACCCAGGGAAAAAAGAGUUUGACACUGACAUAAGAUUCUUACAACCUGAACCGUUAUUCAAACCAGAGAAAAGACAUCGCCGCUCUACAACUGAUGAUGAAGAUAAUUUGUUAAUCGACGAAAAAUGGUAUUCUAGUGAUGAAGAGAAAGGAAACAAAAAGAAAUCUCCAGCUUCAUCGCCACGACCUACAUCUCUAUCACCACAAACUCCAGCUCCACAUGUUAUAGAACCUUCAUCGGUUCUAAGUAGACUUGGUGACCUUUCAAAAAUCGAUAUAAGCGAAGAAGUAACAAAGCUAUUGAAUACUAUGAAAAAUAAUUUAAAUGAAAAGAAGGUUGAAAGUGCGUUAGAACCAAUUAUGUCUCCUAAAUCGAGAGAUCCUAGGUCAAGAAGGUCUCCUGAGAAAGUUCAAGAUAAUAAAAUUGUUAAUAAAAAACCUCAACGUAUAUCAAUUUAUGAAUGUAUUGAUGGAGAACCCACAGAUGGGCGUCGAAGAACAGAUGUUGAUUUACGUCAAACUGAAUAUAAAAUUCCGACUUUUGGAGAUACUGAUUUGCGUCAAAGCGCUAGCGGUGAUAUUGAUUUUCGUUUGGGUUUACCUUUCAAACCCAUAAACAAUUAUACUCCUGCGACUGAAAUAAAUGGAUCAAUAAGUAGCCAUCCACCUAUGGCAUAUAAAUUAGUACCAAUAGACAUACCGCGUCCGGAUUAUACUGAUAUUAGAGACAGUACUGCUAAAUCUCAGGCUUUAGUGGAUCCUAGGUUAAGAAAAGUAUUCCGAUUGUCUAUAGAAGAAUCAAAUAGCGAUAGCGAAAAGUCAGUCAAAAUAACACCUGUGACACCAAGAGUAGACCCGAGAAGAAAACCAAAAGAUACGGUCGAAAUCGUUAAUUCAGACCAGAAAAGUAAUGUUUUAGAGAUUCAAAACAUUUUACAAAAUUCAAAUUGGUACAAGGAAUUGAGUUCCACUCAUAAAAUAUUUGUGAAUCAACAUUUAGCUCCUGUUAGUCAAAUGGUUAAACAGUACCAACAAGAAAAGUCUUCUGGAAAAAAAUUCGAUCUUGCAUUUUUACAAAACAAUAGCAUAUUAUGCAAUAUUUUUACUAGCUUAGGCGUGUCUUUAGGAGAAAAUGGCGAGUUUACUUAUUUACCUAAACCUAAAGAGGCUUUAUUACAAACGCCUGCUAAUUUUAAUCAAAACGCCAAUACAUUUACUAUGAAUAGUAAUAUACCAAUUCCACCUACAAACAUGGACACUAGUAAUAUGAAUAUGAUGAAUAUGCCACCAAUGGGAUUAGGAGGUAUGAAUAAUAUCAAUGUUGGACCUAUGCACGGUUUUAAUCAACCGGUACCUGAUCCACGUUCUGGGCCUACUCCCGGAUUAUUGGGAAUAGCUCCUAACAUUCCCCACAAUUUUAACAAUAAAUUUGGUGGACCCAAUAAUUUUGGUAAUAUGGGUUUUAACGGACCAGGUAACGAUUUCAAUUUUAUGGAUGGUGAACAAAAUUUUCCAAGAUUUCCUAAUAGGGGUGGACAUCGAGGUCGUGGUAAUGAUAGAUGGAAUCGGGGAGGUUCUGGCAGAGGUCAGCGGGAUCGGAAAAAUUUUAAUGAUCGUAGUAGUUGGAAAAACGAUAGACACUAAUGUUAUAUAUAUGUAUCAUAUUUAACGCUAGGUUUAAAUUAUUUUUAACCAACUGGAGUUAGGAAUCCUUCCACAUAUUACGAAAUGUGAUUAAGGUGAUAAAUUAUUAAUAGUAACAAUCUUUUAAGUAAUAAUAUUUUGACUGCUGUUUAGUUCUAGAUGGGUUAAAAGGUUCCGUGGAAAAGGUUAUUUAUUGUAAAUAUUUUUAUGUAUUACAUAUAAAUCAGUCAAUCCGAUAUCAUAUGUGAAUAAUUGUGUUAUUGAAAAUAUUUAUAAUGAAUUAAGUUUUUAAUACAAAGUACUCAUAAGAGCCAAAUGUUAAGACUGAGGGCGAGUUUUAUGAUUGAGAUUUUGUUUUCUAAAAUAAGGUUUUAAUAAACCCAGUUACAGAGCGAUUGAUAACUAUUAUAAUUUUUAAUUGUUUUGUUUGGGGACCGGAAUGAAAGUUGGUAAUUAGUGAUACGUAGGUAAUUAUUAUUGUCAUAUUUUCAUAGGCAUUAGGAUAGGUACCUACAAAAUUAGAAGCAAUAUGGAUUUUUUUAUUUUUAGAAUAUUAGCUUGUUGAAAUUUACAACAAUACGAAGUAACAGAAUUCGGACAAUUGUAUUAUGGAGUAGUUUUAUUAAAAGCGCCUACUCAAUCUAUAAAAUAAAUCUAUGUUUAUAUUAAAA